AUGUCAUCUCAAACAGUAGCUUAUGAUUUUAACAAGACAGUAGCUCUGGAGAAUGGCAUUGAUGGGGUUGGAAGUGCGGAUCCCAUCUCAGACGACAUUUUGAGGAUCACUAUGUUUGUGAACUAUGGCAUCAUUGGUGGAAUCAUCAGCAUCACGGGAGUGGUCCUCAACUCCAUCAACAUCGCCGUUUUCAUCAGCCAGGGCUUUCACGACACCAUCAACAUCACUCUCUUGGCGCUGUCCGUCGCUGACCUCGGGAGCCUGGUGACCCUGGUCUGGAUGAGCCUGUGCUACAACCCGCUGGUUGUCGGCGCCUUGCCGGAGAUUAAUUUCAUCGAGGUGCAGCAUAUUACGGCUGGCUGGCCGCACGUGUGUUUCACGCGCAUCUCGAGCUGGUUGAUGGCAUUCAUCACGGUGGAGCGCUACUUGUGCAUCGCUUUGCCGCUCAAGGUCAAGGCCUUGCUGACACGUGGGAGAACCACGUGCGUUGUAUUUGGGAUUUUCUUUGUUGUCAUAGCGACAGUAGUACCCGUAUACGUAGCAAUCCACAUCACGUCUCACACUUCCGGAAUAAAUAGCGCCAAACAGUACGGCAUAGAAUAUAUCCCAGGAGGCCCUGAACUAGAAAAUGUCUCCGUUUUCUGCAACAGCCUGCACCAAAUAUCCACUUUCGUUAUCGUUAUAAUCUGCACUUCCGGUCUCGUGUCCAAAGUAACAGAGAAGUCAAAAUGGCGGAACGCUACGUCUUCCGCCUCCAAAUUAGAGUCAGUCAGUGCCCGUGAUAGGAAAGUGGUAAAGCUGGUUAUCAUAAUAGCCGUUCUAUUUAUUGUCACUUUCACCCCUGUUGUCAUCCAUCUACUGGUUAUGUUCUGCGAACACGAAUUUACAGUUGGUCGAAAAUACCAAAAUCUGUUUCUCUUUUGCGGCACUUUUAUUUUUAAUCUAGAGGCUAUUAAUGCUGCGUGUAGUUUUUUUGUUUAUAUCAAAAUGAGCAGUAAAUUUAGACAAGUUCUUAUGGCCAGGUUUUUUCACGUUAAGCAAACCAAAGAUUAA